AUUGUCCCUGUUUGGCUGGGAGGGGCUUCCUCUGAGAGAAGCCCUCCCCUCUCUUCAACAAACCCCCCACCCCCACCCACCCCACUUUGCAUCUUCUUCUUCCUCCAGCAGCAGGAGCCCGGAGCUCAAAGAGCGGCCGGAGGAGAUGGUGGCAGGCGCGGGCCGCGAGCGGCGGAGCGCGGACUGAGCGCCAGGGUGGCCCCCCAAAGAACGCCCGCCGGGACAGGUGAUUUGGGUCCUGCUCAGCCCGGAAGCCAGGCUGUGGGCACCCGACACUUCUCAGACCUGGGCUGCCAUGCCGGUCCUUAAGAACCCUUGCAAGCUCAAGAUGGCCAACGGAGAGGCUGCUGGGAGGACUGGGGCCCUGAUCCUGGACAAGGCAAGCCAGGGUACCAACCCCUUUGAGGAAGACCUGGACGAGAACGAGAGGGACUCUUUCCUCGGGAAAGCUUCCCCAGAAAGAAGGAGCCUUUCCCCGGAGGACGGCAGGAGGGAUUUCGAGCGGGGCCUUUUCAACGGCAGCCCCGAAGACCACUACAGGCGGCGGGCGACCCUCGAGAAACUGGUGGGCCUGUCGCCCUUCCGCAUGGGCAAGGGGAAGAAGGGGGGGGAGAAGAGGUCCCCCAGCGGGGGGGAGAAGGGUCUGGACCGCAAGUCCUUCUUGGGCCGGAUGAUGAUGCCCUUGACCGACGGCAACCUGGGCCCACGGGCGCCGGAGAAGAAGAAGACGCGCCGCAGCUCGGAGGACUUCAGCCUGCUGCAGCGCUUCAACGGGCGCCGAAAAGAGAGCCUCUACAGUUCAGACUGCGGCCUCGCCGAGAAGGAGAACGGCGGAGGGGACACCAUGAAGCGCCUCGCCUUCCUCAAGAUCGGGCUCGGGGGGAAGGUGCGGAGGGCCUCGCUGGUGGAGAAGCUCAACCAGACGGAGGCCGCCGAGCCGGCCUCCGUCACCGAGGAGGCGGAAGUCAAGGCCAAGGAGCCCCUGUCAGUUCUGGAGAUCCUGAGCCUCAUCCAGCACAGGGACCUGCUGACGGCUGACGAACACAUCAUUGAACUCGAAGCAGAGUGCGAGCAGACUGGGCACCACGGCCCGGAGAGCACCAGUGAGGAGCGGAAGGAUGGGAGCCGGAAGGCCAAGGACGUGUCUCUGCUCUACGAAGCGCUGCAGAAGGAACUGUGGGCCGUCCUGGCCGAGUCCCUGGUGGCCAAGAGCACCUAUCUGCCUCUGGAGCUCAUGGUACGUGUGAUUGAGCAGGAGGAGGAGACGGACCGCAAGUGGCUGGAGGCCCAGCGGGACCCGGCGGCGGAGGGAGCCAGCCCCCGGCCCCGGGCCAUGAAGAAGCAGUGGGCGGAGGCGGUGAAGAAGCUGGUCGACCAGAGGUUAUGCCAGUGUCUGGAAGGCAGGGCGGGCCCCAUUGCCACGCAGAUGGACAGGCUGGCCAAGUGCGCCAUGGAGGACUUGUGCACGGUGAAAUUCCACCUGCUCCACGCCUACCCGAAAGAGUACGAGGCCUUCGGGGUCUACCUGUGCAGCUACCACAGGGGGGUGGCCCAGCGCCUGGCAGAGUUGAUCCAGAAGAACCUGACCAUCUCCGAACUCUAUUUCAUCUUGGACUGGAACAGCAACAUCUACCAAAGAGAGGUCCUGGGCCGAGCAGAGAUCUCUUCCCUGGUUAAGGGCCAGGAGCUUGGCCCACUGCUGUCUCCGGAGACCCAGUCAAAUUUGGAAGAGGAAUGCAUUACAGCCGUGCAGGCCAAGAUUGUGAAUGACAUGAAUCAAGAGCUGCAGAAGGAAGAAGAGAGAUGGGCUCAAGAAGGCGAGGGGGAGAACUUCCAGUUUGGCCUCUCCAGCAAAGUCAUCAUGAUGCUGAAGGCUCAUGCAGACAAAGCUCCCCAGAUCACACACGACUUUGGAGUGAGGAUGGCUCAGUGUUGCCUGACCAGCCUGGCGGACUUCCUGCAGAGCUUCCAGAGGAAGGUCGAAAGGUUCCAUGAGCAGCAAACGGAGAGCAGCCUCCCGGCCGACAGCUACAUGAGCCGGACCAUCAUGCUGGUCAACUGUUGCCCAGCUUUCAGGGACUACGUGGAGCGCUUGGUGAGGUUUAGCCACCCUGAGAGCGAGACGCCGAGGCAGCAGGCCAACUCCUCCCUGGACCGGGUGAUCCGACUCUGCAACCGAGUGCUGGCUGAGCACCUUUUCCAAGACCUCAAGCCCUAUUUCCACAAACUAAUGAAAAGGAAAUGGCUAAACAACUCAGAGGCCUUCCCUACCAUCAUGGCUCUUCUCGCGGAUCAUGCCCAGAAGCUGAGGAAGAUGAAGCUGGAGCCGUACCAGCUGCUGGUGAAGGAGGUCCAUCGCCGGGUGCUGAUCGAAUACGUCCGCCCGCUCAUGCGGGUCCGUCUCAUCUGCACCUCCUCCAGGAUGAGGGCCAAGAUGGCAAACAAGCUGCGCAGCGAAGCCAAGCAGCUGCAGGAGUUCUUCAUCCAGCUGGAAUCCACCUCCUCUUGGCUGGACUCUGUCGUGCCACAUCUGGCAGGGAUCAUUGAGCUGGAGGACACGCCUGCCCUCCAGAUGGAAGUGGGGUUCCUGGCAAGAGAGUUUCCUGACGUGCAGAGGAAGCACGUGUCGGCCAUCCUGGACGUCCGAGGCCUGCAGAGUCAAGCCCAGCGCCAGGAUAUCCUGGCCGUCAUGGAGGGCUUGGAGCUGAUGGAAGGAGAGGCGCUGCUCUGCCAAGACCGGGCUUUCUUCUCGGAGAUUCCCACGAGCGAAGUCUUUUGCGUCCGGGUCCAGCUCCACCGCCUCUCGCACGUAGGGCUCACUUGCCUUUCCCGGCUGCGCCGGAGGCCCCGGCGGCAGCAGCAACGGCGGCGAUACAGGCUGCGCCCCAAGGAGAACGUGGCCGAAUCGCAGGCGUGAGAACUUUUGCUCCGCCACCAAAAAAUCCGGGCAUCUUCCUCUCUCAGCCCUGCGGUGCUGGGGCGGGCCUUUCCCCACGGGGCCUCGCCUCUACAGAGCCAUGGUGGAGGGAAGGAUAGGACCUCCUUCCGUCCUCUCUUCCCCUCUCCCCUCUGGCAUUCUUGCUUUUGUGCCUCCCCACGUAGAGGCGCUCCAAAAGGGGAGAAGCCUUCUCUGCUGUCCUGGAGGGGCCAAUGCUCGGAAGACCUUGUCACUCACGGCCUUGGAGACGACACCAUAUAGCCCUGACGGGAGAAAAGAACUGCCCAAGUUCAAAGAAGAAUGGGCGUGCUUAAAGCCUUAUGGGGUUUGGAAGUCAUUAUGGGGUCCAGGCAGGCAUGGAGGGGGUGGGGGAGUUUCCAUACCCUUUUUGCCUGGCCCAACAUCUGGCGUAGCUGGGAAAGAAUCCAGCUAGAAUCUCAAGCUUGGAACUGCAUAGCAGGAAGGGACACUGUGGGGUCAUCCGGUCCAGCCCCUGUCAAGGAGGCACCACCUGUAGGGGAUUCGAACUCCCAACCUCUGGCUCCACAGCCAAAUCUGCCUUAAACCACUGCGCUUAUGCUUGAAACCAGAAAGCAUCUCUUCCCCUCCUCCCCAAUAUCUAUAUAUAUAUACAGUAUAUAUUAUCAUUACCUUUCCUUUAAGUUAAGACCCCUACAAGGUGAAUUCCCCUGUUGAGAGGAAUCCUGCCCUAACGUAAUCUUUUCGUACCCUUGCGGGCCCUGGCUAUGGAGGGAUCCCUAUGGGGCCAGAGGCAUAGAAAAGGGAUCUCCCCAGAACCGUCUGUGCUGUUAUUCUGUCCCUCCCCUCCAGGUCCCUGGGGCAAGGGGGGGAGGUAGGUCUGCUCUGUACAAAAUAAAUGAAGGAAUAAAGAACCAUUAAUUUAA